AUGGAAGGGAAACGUCAAACCCGUGCCCAGCUCGAAGCGCUGCCGCGGGUAGGAGAACAGCGAGGCACAAAGGAUGGGAGAGGCCAGUUGAACGGAGUAGCUCCAGCCUUAGCCAACACAUUGGCUAAGGCUGGGGUGGAUCUGCAGCCGGGCCUGUGCUGCGGCAUGGAGCCCCGCUGCAGGAUCGGGAUGUGCCCUGUUCAGUGCAAACACCGAGCCUGCACCAAAGAUGGCCAGUGCUGCCACGACCAGUGUCUGGGCGGCUGCCUGCAGGCUCACUCGGCCGGCCACUGCGUGGCCUGCCGCGGCCUCCAGCACGAGGGCAGCUGUGUGGAGCGCUGCCCGCCAAACCACUUCACCUACAAGGACUGGCGCUGCGUGUCUUUCGCCUUCUGCCAGGAUCUGCACAACAGAUGCAAGCGGGAGAAGGAGCGCAGCAAGAACACCGACUGCCACGAGUACGUCAUCCACAACGGCGCCUGCAUCCCCGAGUGUCCCUCCGGCUACACCACCGUCAACUCCACCUCGCUCAACUGCUCUCCCUGCGCGGGGCUCUGCCCCAAGGUGUGCAUGGGGCUGAAAACAGUGGACUCCGUCACGGCUGCCCAGUCUUUAAGAGGCUGCACCAUUCUCAACGGGAGCCUGGUUAUCAACCUGCGAGGAGGAAACAACAUUGCAGCUGAGCUGGAGGCCAGCCUGGGCCAGCUGGAGGAGAUCACUGGCUACCUGACAGUACGGCGUUCCUACGCCCUUGUAUCCCUCUCAUUUUUCCGCAAUCUCCGCAUUAUUCAUGGGGAAGAACAGGAAAUCGGGAAUUACUCCUUUUAUGCCCUGGAUAACCAGAACCUGCGGCAACUCUGGGACUGGUCCAAACACAAGCUCACCAUCAAGCGGGGGCGCAUGUUUCUCCACUACAACUCCAAGCUCUGCAUGUCUGAAAUCCGCAAGAUGGAGGAGGUGACGGGAACCAAAGACCGGCAGGUCAAGAAUUACAUCGCCUCCAAGACCAACGGAGACCAAGCCUCAUGUGAGAACCACGUGUUGAGGUUCACACAGAUCCGAACCCUGAGCAAUAAGAUCAUGAUAAAGUGGGAAGCCUUCUGGCCUCCAGACUUCAGGGAUCUGUUGGGCUUUAUGGUGCUCUACAAAGAAGCACCCUUUCAGAACGUAACUGAGUUUGAUGGGCAGGACGCCUGCGGCUCCAACAGCUGGGUGAUAGCCGAUGUGGACCCUCCACGCCGAGCCACGGAGGGCGAAAAGGAGCAGUUUGAACCGGGUCACCUCAUUCUGCCUCUGAAGCCCUGGACGCAGUAUGCCAUCAUGGUGAAAACCCAGCUGUCGGCCUCUGACGAGCACCAGAUCCACGGAGCCAAAAGCGAGAUCAUCUACGUUCGCACCAACGCCACCACUCCGUCAGUCCCGCUGGACCCCAUCUCCUCCUCAAACUCCUCCUCUCAGAUCAUCCUCAAGUGGAAACCUCCCAAUGACCCCAAUGGAAACAUCACUCACUAUUUGGUCUUUUACCAGCGCCAGCGUGAGGCCAACGAGCUCUACAAGUUUGACUACUGCCAGAAGGGGAUGAAGUUACCGUCCCGGGUGCCUACUCAGGUGGACAGCGAUGAGGAGCAGAAGAAGAACCAGACCGAGGACCUGGGCCUGGAGACUCGCUGCUGCGCCUGCCCAAAGACGGACAAGGAGCUCAAGAAGGAGAAGGAGGACUCAGAGUACCGCAAAACCUUUGAGAAUUACCUCCACAAUGAAGUCUUUGAGAUAAGACGUUCGAGGCAGCGGCGCUCUGCGAUGGGGAUCGCCAACAAAACGCUCCCCUUCAUCGGCGCCUCCCCGAGCCCGCCCGGGGGCACGGCCAUCCCCGAUGAUGAGGACGAGGAAACUUUCGAAAGCACAAAGACCAUGGUCACCGUCCACGCCAAAGAGUCCACCGUCAUAUCCAACCUGCGUCACUUCACCAGCUACCAGAUCGAGAUCCACGCCUGCAACCACCCCACCGACCCCAACCGCUGCAGCAUGGCAGCGUAUGUCAGCGCCCGCACCAUGCCCGGAGAUAAAGCCGAUGACAUCUUGGGUCCGAUCCAUUACGAGGUGACAGAAAACACUGUGCAUGUAAGGUGGCUGGAACCAGCAGCCCCUAAUGGGAUAAUUAUCCUGUACGAGGUGAACUACAAGCGACUGGGAGACUCUGAGGAGCUGCACUACUGCGUGUCAAGGAAGAUGUACAAAGUCGCUCGUGGCUGCAAGCUGAAAGUAAUGCAUCCCGGGAACUACACCGUGAGGAUCCGGGCCACCUCUCUGGCCGGGAACGGAUCGUGGACCGAGCCCACAUACUUUUACGUUCAGGACGCAAGUGACCCUCUCUACGUCCUGAAGAUAGUGAUCGGACCAAUCAUCUGCUUUGUCCUGCUGCUGUUUGUGUCUCUGGCCGGAUUUGUGAUGUUCAAAAAGAAUCAAACCCAAGGUCCCAGCGGUCCCAUUUACGCCUCUUCAAACCCCGAGUACAUCAGCGCAGCUGAUGUGUAUGAGGAGGACGAGUGGGAGGUUCCACGGGACAAGAUCAACAUUUUGAGGGAACUGGGACAAGGCUCCUUCGGCAUGGUCUACGAAGGCAUAGCCAAGGACAUCAUAAAGGGCGAAGGGGACACGCGUGUAGCUGUGAAGACCGUGAAUGAGUCAGCCAGCCUGAGGGAGCGAAUCGAGUUCCUGAACGAGGCCUCGGUCAUGAAGGCGUUCAGCUGCCACCAUGUGGUGCGACUCCUGGGAGUUGUUUCCAAGGGCCAGCCCACGCUGGUCGUGAUGGAGCUGAUGACCCACGGAGACCUGAAGAGCUACCUGCGCUCUCUGCGCCCCGACGCAGAGAAUAACCCCGGCCGCCCACCGCCCACUCUGAAGGAGAUGAUCCAAAUGGCUGCUGAGAUCGCAGACGGCAUGGCUUACCUUAAUGCCAAGAAGUUUGUCCACAGGGACCUGGCGGCCAGAAACUGCAUGGUGGCUACUGAUCUGACGGUCAAAAUAGGAGACUUUGGGAUGACCAGAGACAUCUAUGAGACCGACUACUACAGGAAAGGUGGGAAAGGCCUGCUGCCCGUCAGGUGGAUGGCCCCUGAGUCUCUAAAGGACGGCGUCUUCACCGCACACUCGGACUGCUGGUCGUUUGGGGUUGUGCUGUGGGAGAUCAGCACACUGGCAGAGCAGCCCUACCAGGGCCUGUCCAAUGAGCAGGUGCUGAAGUUCGUCAUGGAUGGAGGCUGCCUGGACCGGCCGGACAACUGCGCCGACCGACUACACAACCUGAUGCAGAUGUGUUGGCAGUACAACCCCAAACUGCGCCCCACCUUCCAGGAGAUCAUCGAGAUGCUGCGGGAAGACCUGCAUUCCUCCUUCCAAGAGGUCUCCUUCUUCUACAGCGAGGAGAACAAGCCCCCAGAGAGCGAGGACUUUGACCUGGACAUGGAGAACAUGGAGAGCAUCCCGCUGGACCCCUCGUCGUAUUCCCAGAGGGAGCAGUGCUUGGACAGGGACGAGGCCUCCUCCAUGGGUCUGAGGGGCAGUUACGAGGAGCACCACAUCCCCUUUACACACAUGAACGGGGGAAAGACCAACGGACGAAUACUGGCCCUGCCACGGUCCAGCCCCUCCUAA